AUGCCGGCCAGCGGCGCGUCGCCGGCGCCGUGCCUCCUCGUGAAGGGCGGCGACGACGUGAAGCUGACGCGGUACACGCACGGUAUGGGCUGCGCCUGCAAGUUGCGGCCCCAGCUGCUGGAGCGCGUACUGGACCAGGUCCGCGCCGCAGCUGCGCCCCUGGUGGACCCGAACGUGCUCGCUGGCCUGGGCAAGUCCAACGAGGACGCGUGCGUAUACAAGCUCCGCGACGACCUGGCGGUGGUCGGCACGCUGGACUUCUUCACCCCCAUAGUGGACGAGCCCGAGGUCUUCGGCGCCGUGGCGGCAGCGAACGCGCUGAGUGACGUCUACGCGAUGGGCGCUACGCCGCUGUUCGCGCUGGCCAUCGUUGGCUUCCCGGACGGGCGGCUGCCGCCAGAGGUGUUGGCACGCAUCCUGACGGGCGGCCAGAAGAAGUGCGAGGAGGCCAAGUGCCUGAUCCUCGGCGGCCACACCGUGGAGGACAUCGAGCCCAAGUACGGGCUGGCCGUUUUUGGCACCGUGCACCCCGACCAGGUGUGGCGCAACAACGGCCUCGUGGAGGGCGACACGCUGGUGCUGACGAAGCCCCUUGGGACUGGCGUGCUCAGCACCGCCAUGAAGCGCGGUGCCCUCUCGCCAGAGGGCGCCGUUGCGCUGAAGGCGAACCUCACGGCGCUGAACAACACGGCAGCCGCCCUCGCGCGCGAGCACGCUACCGUGCACGCGUGCACGGACGUGACCGGCUUCGGCCUCCUGGGGCACCUGGUCGAGAUGUUGACGCCGUCGGAGGGGCGCCAGGCUCUCGGCGAGAACGACCAGAAGGCCACGGAGGAGGGCGCGCCGCCUCACAAGCGCCCGCGUCCUGCGACGUUGUGCGCGGUGCUGAGGGCGGCCGCCGCGCCGCUGCUGCCCGAGGCCAGAGAGCUGGCCGUCGACGACCAGUGCGUGCCAGGCGGGAGCGUCAACAACCUCAAGCUCGCGGAGGCGGCCGGAGUGAGCUUCGCACCCGGCGUGCCCCGCGAGCUGCGGCUGCUGCUGGCGGACGCGCAGACCUCGGGCGGGCUGCUGCUGGCAGUGCCCGCGGCGCAGGCGGACGGGCUGCUGCAGCGGCUCCACGCCGCUGGGCUGCGAACCAGCGCGGUGAUCGGCGAGGUCCGCCGGAGAGAGGCCCCCCAGUCGCCGCUGAUCCAGGUGGACGUCUGA